AUGUCGUCCCCUGAUGCAACGAUUGAGGCUCUCCUUGGCACAGCUCGCGCCGCACGUUGCCACAAUUCGUUCUUCCGCCAGCAACAGCUCAAAUCCUUGCACGACAAGUUGCGCAACAACGUCCAGAAAAUACGAAAUGCUGUGAAGGGAGACACAGGCGCAAUAGAUGCGGAAAUUACGAAAGAAAUUGCUGCUACGCUUAAAGUCAUCAAGGAGCAUUAUGCAGGCAUCGAUCCAGAGAAAGAGUUAGAUGAAGAAUACAAAGUCCAACAGCGACAGAAUGCAGCUGACAGAAAGCUUCCAUGGGGAGUCGUGUACAUCGAGCCCCAACUACGACAUACGCCGUUUUUCAGCGUGGUAGUUCCGCUCUGUGUUGCUCUCGCUGCUGGCAAUUGCGUCGCACUGAAGUUAGAAACAACGACACAGGUUCUUCCUGCCUUACUCCAGACCCUCCUCCGGGACGCGCUCGAAUCUGACACUUUCCAAAUCGUGACGUCCAGUCCCUCUUCGGAAUCCAUCGCUCAGUGUUUGUCAGUUUUGCAACAUGGCGAAGGAACACCACAGCCGACGUACUCCCAGCUUGUUUCGCCCGGUAGCAAAGUAAUUGCGGUAGUAGAUAGAACCGCUGAUCUCUCUGUUGCUGCCGAACAGCUUGUCAAAGCCCGCUUCGCGUUUGGUGGCACCUCGCCGUACGCUCCUGACGUGAUUCUUGUCAACGAGUUUGUGGAACGCGAAUUUCUGAACCUGGUGACGGAACACUCCAAGCAGUACCUCUUCGCAACAGUAUUCUCAGAAGAAUAUGAUGAUCAGAUACAGUCUGACUACACUUACGCUGGACCACAUAUGGUAGAUACCAUGGUCGCCAUUGAGAAAGAUAAAAUCUGGAAUAUGAGCGGCUGUGCUCACGGAUGGAAUGGGCACAUCGGAAUACUGAGCACAUCUUCCAAAACGCUGGCCCCUCUGCCACCAAAAAUCUCAGCGCCCAUUUUCGCCUCAUUUCCCAUUACCUCGCUGGACCACGCUGUCGACCUAGCUGCUCUUGACUCGGACGACCAACUUCUCGCCGCUUACCAUUUCGCCGCCCCCGCGCACACGAAAUACCUCUCCCAGUUCAUCAAAGCACGCAUCUCAUUCGCAAACUACGUGCCUACAUCCCUCCUCGUAGGCCCCGCGGCGCCUGUGGGACACAGUGUUGAUCAAACUACAAGGUACACAAAAGAUCAAUUUAUCCGCCACAGUCCAGUGUUCGUCGCGGGCUCGAAAUCACAUUCUGGUCUGGACAGCACCGCAUCCAAAGAAGUGGACAAGCUGUUGGCCGAUGCAGCAAUGGAGAUCAAGGCGAAGAAGAGAGCAGAGUGGAAGUCUCUAGGUUUCUUCGAACAGGGUAUCUUGAUUGGAUUGGGUGUGUACGGAGUUCCGAUUCUUACAUGCUUGGGUGCUUCUGUGUAUUUUGGUGUCAGGGCUGGAAUGAGGAGAUGGUCUUUAUCAUAA